AUGCUAAAGAAGGAACUGAGAGCUCAUCCUUUUGGUUUCUUGUUGGAGGGAAAUAGAGUUACACCAACAAAAAGGUUGCUCACGAUAUUGUCAGAGAUCCUCACUUGUUCACAUUCUCAUUCAGCAAAGAAGGUUGAAGAAGUUUACAACUUCUCUCAAGAUGAUCUGUUGAUUGAGGAUUUCUUGAUACUUGACACACAUGCUGGAGUGUUUGUUUUGGCUGGUCAGUCUACAGACCCCAAAGAGAAGCAAAGUGCUUUUGAAAUUGGCUAG